AUGAGUAUGAAUGACACGUCACAAGUUAUAUCAUAUAAUUCGACAAUCUUCGUCGAAAAAAUUAUACAAAAAAUCAUCCUUGGUGGUCUACUUUCGGGCUUAUCAAUAUUCACUGUCUGUGGUAAUCUUCUCGUACUCUAUGCAAUUCAAACCGAGAAAUAUCUUCGCACGGUGUCGAAUUUAUUCAUUCUUAGUCUCGCAAUAGCCGAUCUGGCUGUUGGUUUAUUCGUUAUGCCUUUAAGUUCGGCAACUGUUAUCACAGGUCGAUGGCCAUUCUCAUCGGUAAUCUGCAAAAUGUGGUUAUCGAUCGACUAUGUAGCCAGCACUGCUAGCAUCUUCAAUCUUGUCCUGCUCAGUCUUGAUCGUUAUUGGGCUGUUGUUUAUCCUUUACGUUAUCUGCAACAGCGAACGCGUAGUCGUGCAACGAUAUUUAUUCUUAUAAUAUGGUUUGUCGCAUUAUUAUGGGCGCCUGCAGUUAUCUUUUGGUCAUAUAUUGCACCUAAACACAGUGAUAUUAUUAAUCACGAUGAAUGUGAUACAUCAUUUCGUUUGAACAAAACAUUUAAAACGUUGACAGCAUUAGUCAAUUUCUAUGUACCUUUGUUAACUAUGAUUAUUAUUUCGUGUCGUAUUAUGGUGGCAAUCCGUUCUCGAUCGAAUAUGGAAUUUGGUCGACGUAUAUCAUCAGCCACACAAAAACAAAUGAAAUCUGAUCGGACUCACGCGGCCACCAUCUCCCGGAACGACAAUGAUACCAUUCAAAAAUUGGAUGAGACAAAUAUUCAGGCAAUCGCGACUAUUAUCGCUGCCAGUUCAUUGGAUCCAUCAGAUUGUCAAGAGAAUCAAUUUGACGACAUCAGUGAACCUGGCCAAUGCCUUUGUUCGACAUGUAAAAGUGUCGGAAAAGAAGAACAUGAAAACCUUUGGCAAUUACAAAAGAAGCCUAUGCUACCAUCAUUACGACAAUGCUAUUCUGAUCGUCCGAUGAAACCAACGGCAAUGAUACCAAGGAAGACAGCUACAUUUUCAAUUGAAAAAGAUGAUAACAGUCGCAAUAAAGAUCCUCAUCAAGUAUCAGCACAGAAUCACGUCAACAAUUUUGUUCAUGUCUCGAAUCAUGUCGAGUAUGCCGACUUAAUCGAUCGAUCAAAAGAGGAACUUUCAUCGAAUCGAAAGAAUCAAUCACGACAGCGAACAUUUUCUAUCGGUUCAACCAGCUCUUCUGAACAAUCAUCUGGAGCUAAAUCGUCUCGUUUUUCUCGGAAUUUAGUUAAAAAUAAGCUUACUUUAUCAAAAUCUUUCUCCGACCAAUCGUUACCCACUGAAGCUCAUCUCAAAAUUCCGUCGGCCAACGACAAAUCCUCGUUUUCAUCAAUCAACGGUCGCUCAUCAACGAAUACCAGUCCACUUAGAACGACGAAAAUCAAUUUCUUCAAUGCCUUACUCAACCCGAGUCGUUCGAACUCAUUACAAAAAGAAUUAAAAGCAGCCCGCCAAUUAGGAAUGCUCGUUGGAGUGUUCACCAUCACCUGGUUGCCCUAUUUCAUUCUAUUCUUAGUUGUUGCAUGGUGUAAUCAUUGCAUCUCGGAAAAGGUUUUCACCGCAUCGAUAUGGUUGGGUUAUUUGAAUUCCGCCAUCAAUCCGCUGAUCUAUCCUCUCUGUAAUGCACAUUUUCGACGCGCUUUUCAAAAGAUUUGUUACUGUAAACACGCGAAAACACAACUACCGAAUUUAAAUGCCUUACGUGAACUUCAUGCACUGCAUGCAAGGCGCCGCCAACGAUAA